UAUAAACAGAGCUCCUCUCCCCCCUUCGUUUUCGUGUGAUUCCAACCCAAUCCAUCUCCUAAGAAAGCUUCAGCGUUUCCGCCUCGUAAGAUGCAGAUCUUUGUGAAGACCCUCACCGGGAAGACCAUAACCUUGGAGGUCGAAAGCUCUGACACCAUCGACAAUGUUAAGGCCAAGAUCCAGGACAAGGAGGGCAUCCCCCCGGACCAGCAAAGGCUCAUCUUUGCAGGCAAGCAGCUCGAGGACGGCCGCACGCUCGCCGACUACAACAUUCAGAAGGAGUCCACCCUCCACCUCGUCCUCCGGCUCCGCGGUGGCAUGCAGAUCUUCGUGAAGACUCUCACUGGGAAGACCAUUACCUUGGAGGUCGAGAGCUCGGACACAAUCGACAACGUCAAGGCCAAGAUCCAGGACAAGGAGGGCAUCCCGCCGGACCAGCAAAGGCUCAUCUUCGCCGGGAAGCAGCUCGAGGACGGGCGCACCCUGGCGGACUACAACAUACAGAAGGAAUCCACCCUCCACCUGGUGCUCCGCCUCCGCGGCGGCCAGUGAACUCACCACCUUCCCUGCUACCAUGGUUGUCGUCUUUAGUCGAGUCGAGUCGAGUCGAGUCGUGUCUGUGUUGCCGGAUGGUGGCGUGAGUCUCCAUGUGGUCGUGUUUGGGUGUGAUGCGAAAAGGCCUAUGUGAUGGUUAAGUCAAUAUAUUUAUAGUUGGUAAUAAGCUUUAACGACUGUGUUUUAUUAUUCUCUUA